AUGAAACGGAAAGGCGGCCAACAGCAAAGGAUCAAGGCUGCCCGAUCAGAGGAAGAAUCAUCCGCUGCUGGCAUCACUCAGCAAAGCGCUUUGGUCACCUUUCUUUUGACCUUGUUCACUUGGGGAGAGUUUUCGCCUCAGCGCUGCCAGCACAUUGCUGCUUUGGCACUAGAAGACUUGGAGAAGCACCACACCAACAAGCACAUAGUCAGUGACCUGAAGGCCUUGGCCAGCAUUGGGAGCAAUGGCGCAUAUCCAAACAAGAUGCACCAAGAUUUGAUGCAAAGGACGAAGAACAUCAGCAAGGUACCGCAGCCCUACCUUUUCAAUGCAAAGUUCAAAAGCCCGGUGGGUGUGCAGAACCAAUCCCUGCUUUUACCUCAUGAGCUUUUCGCAACCAUUGCUGCAGAGUACCAGACCACAUGGUUCAAAAGCAUUUGCCCAGACCAAUCCAACCUUGAGACAUUUUGGGAAACCGCUGUCAACCAUCCGCUUCUUCACGACCAUCCUGUAUUGCGUCGAGAGCACUGGCGGCGGUACGCCGUCCCCAUCGCUCUCCACGGCGAUGGGGUUCCUGUGGUCGGAAUUGGAAAGGCCUGGACCAAACUCCUGAAUGUGUUCUCAUGGUUCAGCUUGGUGGGCACAGGGACCACACGGUCCAAGUUGUUUUACACCUACUCCUGUUGGGACAAGAUCUGGAUCAUUUCCAGAUGUUAG